UCCAAUGUCUUUCCAGUUGUUUGCGGUUCAUGAUCUACGUAAAGGUAAACAUUAACGUAAACAUCCGUCAUUGCUCGUCUUUUUUUAUCUAGCAUAACAAUAUAUAAACAAAUGCAUUAAUGUUUAUCUACAUCCUAUUAAUGCGUUAUCUGUCACAGUGGAUAAAAUGAAUUUCUUCUUCACAAUUUUGGUAUGUUUGUGUUUUCACUACCUGCAUGGACGAGUUCCAUUGUCUUAUGGCAGAACUAGAAAACCGACCAAGAAAACAUGUACAGGCUCUCAACAAUGCCCGGCAAAUCAGUGCUGCAGAAAUAGUGCUGGUGAUCUUAUCGGGGAUUCGGAUGAUUUAGGAUGGCCACGCCCUCUGGGUAUGACAAAUGAAACUGGUACAUGUUCAUCAUUGAAGAGCGGACCAGGGCAAGCGUGUGUAGAAAGUUGUGGGUGCGUCAGAGGGUACACAUGUUAUCGGACAUUGACUGGAGUGUGCUGUCCCCCAAAAACAUGCUGGGAACGGAAAAGAGCAGAAGCCGAUAAAAAAUUCUGGGAUAACUGCCUUCCGCCAACUUGCUUUCUCCCGCCUUCUGCCAAUCCUGGAAAUGUUGGGCCAGGGCUUUUAUAAAUUGGAAUGUUAAUAACAUAAAUGUUACAGUUUUUGCUUUUUCACGUAUUAAUUGACUGUUAUUACAAUAAAGAACGUAUGCGCUGUUGAA